AGCAUCUCUCAUCUAUAUCAUCUGAUGAAGAUGAAGAUCAUCAUCUCCAUCAUCUUCAGGGUUUUGAACACCACCAUCAUAAUCGUCAGCUUUAUGAACACCACCGGCAUCGUCUCCGGCAUCUUCAUAGCCGUCACCCACAUCCCCCGCCUGGAACUCCUCCUACCUUUCUCACACUCACAACCCACUCUCUCUCCAACACACUCUGUCUCUCUCUUGUUCGAUUUUACAGGUGAUCGGAGCCAGUUACUGGCGAAUACCGGUGCUCCGGCGUCGCUUUUUUACCGUCACCACACACCCCCUGAUGGUUUGCGGCGUGGUUAUCAGUGGCGGAGAAAAAAGCUGAAGAGAGAGAGAUCGGGGGAGGAGAGAACGGGAAGGAGGGAGAGAACCGGAGAGGAAAACGGAGGCCGGCGGCAGACGGUCGGAUGCCGAAAAGGCUACUUUUUUGCUGGGUUUUGUUGGAACAGAUAUCGAAAUCAAGGCAUGGUUACCUUUUGAUUAUGUGGGUUUUGAUAUGUUCGUUUUUGGGUGGCGAUGUUCUUGUUUGAAAUAUGUUUGAAUGAUGUUCUUGUUUUCCUUUUGAAUGUUCCAAUCGUUUGAAUAUGUUUGAAUGAUGAUCUUGUCCCUUUUGAAGGUUCAAAUCGUUUGAAUAUGUUUGAAUGUUGAAUCUGGGCUUGAAAUAUGUUUGAAUGAUGUUUCUUGUCCCUUUUGAAUGUUUAAAACAGUUGAAUAUGGUGCCUCAUUUUGAAUCGGCAGUGAUGAUGUAAAAAAAACUGACAAUGGCGCGGCAAGGACGGCGGAGGGUAGGUUUUUGAACCUGCAACCCCAUUUUGCAGCCGUUGAUUAUCGG